AUGUUCUCUGCCCGCAACGUUGCCCGAUCGGCGCCCCGCGUCGUCUCCCGCCUCUCCGGCGCCACUCUGCGACAGGCUGCCCGUCCCAGCGCCUUUAUCAAGGCUUCUUCAGCCCUGCGACCUGCCCAGGCCGCUUUCUCCACUACUGGUUUCCGAAAGGCCGCCGAGAACGAUGGCGAGCUUCUGGCCAAGCUCGAGAGCGAGAUCAAGAUCGAGGAGGACAUGAAGGCCGAUGAGCAGGACCCUGCCAGCAUCAAGGACUUCCUCAACAACAGCGCCUUUGAGCUUAUCGACACUCCCGGACAGGAGGUUGUCAAGCUUGUCCGCAACUAUGGCGAGGAGAAGAUCACCAUCAGCUUCUCUAUUGCUGAUAUCACUAGCUACGACCCUUACGCUGAGGAGAACGGCCUUGAGGAGGAAGGUUUCGAAGAUGAGGGUGCCCAGGGCAGCCAGCGCAACGCCCGCGCCAACGAGGAGCUCGAGGAGGAGCUUGACGAGGAGGCUGACGAGGAGAACGCCGCCCCCAUCAACCUGUCCAUCGUCGUUGAGAAGCCCGGCAAGGCCUCUGGCGCCCUCAACAUCGAUGCCACUGCCCAGGACGGCCACAUUGUCGUCGAGAACCUCUUCUACUACGACGACGCCAAGGUCGCCAAGGUCGAGUCCCCUGAGGCCGCUCAGAAGCGCGCCGACGUCUACCCCGGACCUCCCUUCGGUAGCCUCGAUGACGACCUCCAGGUCCUCAUGGAGCGCUUCCUCGAGGAGCGUGGCAUCACUCAGGCUCUUGCUAUCUUUGUCCCCGACUACGUCGACGUCAAGGAGCAGCGUGAGUACACUCGAUGGUUGAACAACGUCAAGACUUUCAUCGACGCCUAA